GUCGCGGCGGAUCCUCCGCUACGCCGCCGCGACACGUCUUAACCUGGCGUCCGGUCUUAACCGAGCCUCCGAAUACUCCUCGAGCCUCAUUAGGGUCCGCGUGAAACCGCGGCAGAAUUAGCCGAGGCGCGAAAAGUUGUCCGUAAGAUGAGCGUAAACGUAACGUACCGAUUGGCGCACGCCGACGAUUAGACGUGCAUUUGCAGAUACGUAUUCUAUAUAACCGCUCGUUGAGCGCGACAGCCGCAGGAUGCCCGGGAAGAUAAAGGUGAAGAUACUGGCGGGCCGCAACCUGCCGGUGAUGGACCGCUCCGGCGACACGACGGACGCCUACGUGGAGCUCAAGUUCGGCAAUAUCACCUAUAAGACGGACGUGUGCCGGAAGUCGCUGAAUCCGCAGUGGAACUCGGAGUGGUACAGGUUCGAGGUCGACGACGCGGAGCUGCAGGACGAGCCGUUGCAGAUCAGACUGAUGGACCACGACACCUACUCCGCCAACGAUGCGAUAGGCAAGGUUUACGUAAAUCUCAAUCCGCUGUUGCUGCCCGGUAUGCUGCCCCCCGUGAAGAACAUUUGGACCCUGGAGGCGACUAUGAACACCGGCGCUGGCUCACAAGGCUCGGUUAUGACCGGAUGGAUACCUGUGUUCGACACGAUGCACGGCAUACGCGGCGAAGUUAAUAUUAUCAUUAAGGUGGAGCUCUUCUCCGAUUUUAACAAGUUCAGACAGUCGUCCUGUGGAGUGCAAUUUUUUUACUCACCUAAUAUACCGUACGGAUAUCAUGCGCAAAUGAUACAUGGAUUCGUGGAAGAGCUUGUAGUCAGCGAUGAUCCAGAAUACAAGUGGAUCGACAAAAUAAGAACGCCUAGAGCGUCGAACGAGGCACGGCAGACUAUGUUUUUUAAACUGAGCGGAGAAGUCCAGAGGAAGAUCGGACUGAAAGCGCUGGAUCUCGGUGGAAAUGCUGUGAUUGGGUAUCUACAAAACUUUGAUCUGGAAGGCGAGUCCGGUAUCGUUGCCAGAGGUAUAGGCACAGCGGUGACGCUCGUCAAAUUGCACGACGUCCUCGGCUUUCCCUGCGACAGCGUCAAUAUCGAGGAAAUCGCAUUCGCGCUUUCCUCACGCACGAUAGCGCGAACGGAACGUUACGCCGACGACAGCGCGCCGUUCAUCCCCAUUUCCGUUCCCGCUCCGCAUCCCAUUCGCAACCUCUCGUUUUACGCGCGGUCCUCGUCGUCCCUAACGCGCCUGGAACGCGCCGCGAGGCUGCCCGCUGCUCCUGGAUACGCCGCCGGAGCGCGAAGGAAACGUGCCAAGCGCAUCCCGUUUUUACGGUCCAACACGUCGAGCAUGUUGAAUCUAAGGGUAACCGCGUCCAGCGGCUCGGACCUCACGCCAUCUCCGGAAAUCAGCCGCAGUUUAAUGGACGAGACGGUGAGAUCUGUACGUACCAUGCUGACGCCGGAGGACGUGAAGAAGGAGUCGAGAGGUCGUCUCUCCAAGCAAAUCAAGCACCUACGCAGUAAAUUUCAUUCGGUCGGCGAGGAGGGUCGCUUUACAGCGGAGUCCGAGCGCGAUUCCGACGCCGAUCGGGUCGCCGUGAAUCCUAAGAAGGAGCGGAAUCUCAAAGAAGGCAAGACCACCGGUAAGAUAAUGGCCGCGUUACUCAUCGGAGCAAUACAGACCAUGCCUCUGGAAAGUAUCGGGAAUACCGAUCCUAUUUCGACAUUCCCCAGUGACGGACAAGCCAGCGAGGAGGCGAAGACAGAGACACGCUGCAGAGAACAUCCUGGCGAGAGUGCGGCGGACAACGGCGCCCAGGAGGAAGGGCGGAAGCAGGACGUCGCGUCCUUGAUCGAUGAAACCGAGACGUCCUCCCUCGACGAGGACAAUUCCACGGGCGACGAGUCGUCGGAGGACACCGCCAGCUACAACAUCUUGGACGACUCGAGAUACUCGGUCGACCGAGACUCCGACAAGGAGGACUCGUCGAGUCUCCAGGAGAGGAUGCCCAUCGCGCACUCGAGCGCGGAGAGCUGCACGGACUCCACGUUGCAGAUGGACUCGGACGUGGCGGCGAAUCGUCCGCCGUCAGACCCGAAUUUGGCGAGCACGGAAGACGCCGUGGCGCCAAGUGCCGCGAUCCCCAUCAUCACCGUGGACGCGCGGGAGAGCACCGACUCGGACACGUCCGGACUGUCGGACAACGAAAGUCGACCCGACGACUUCUCCGCUGCAAAAUUAACUCGUUUAUCUGAUAAACGAGAGAUUGACGGCGUGAGCCGGGCACCCGACACUUCCGGGAACGAGUGUCAAACGCCGAGCUUGGAGAAAGCUGAGCAGCGCGGCAGUGCUACAUCCGGAUCGUCGAUUCUCGAAGCGCGUCGCGUACACCUGACGAAGCACGAGCGAGAUUUGUUUCGGGAGCGCAGGCAGUCCGCUCAUCGACAGGACGGCAGGUCGGCGCGAGUCGAGUCCCCGUCUCCCGCAGGCCCGGGAGAUCGCGCGAACGUGGACCAGGAGAGAAACGAUCCGUCGACCAGUUUACCUCGCGCUACGACAGAGUCCAGCCUGUCGAACGAGGAAGCUCGCGCGGUGGCGACCAUCGAGAGACGGAGGUAUAUGCGCGAUCUGAUGAGACUGAUAGACACGAAGUUGAUGGUGUCCGCGCGCCACAGCAUGAGAAUCGUAUCGCUGAAGAGGAGGCGCGAAGGGAGAACGUACCGCAAGGGCCCAGGGAAGCCGGGGAAUCCAUCUGACAAGUUUCCUUCCCGCGGCGCGUCCGUGAGGAGACGCGCGUCGCACAAGCGCCGCGAGCAAGACGCUCUUCUUCGCGUUCCUCGCGUCCGCUCGAUCCCCGAGUGCCUCUCCUCGGGUCGGCGUCCGAUCCUCCACGCCACCUCCCGCUCCUGCGGCUCCUCCCUUGUCAGCUUAACCGAUCGCACCGCGCGCGUGUCCCCGUCCCCCGCCGCCUACCGUCCGCGCGACCGCUCGUCCCGGUCCUCGCCGAGGAAGUCGCCGAGGAGCGACUGCGGCGAACCCGGCGCGGUAUCAGCCAGUAGCGUCUGUAAUCUAGGGAGAACAUCGCGUCAUAUUGAUUGCGCUAUGCCCACUAACAAUGCUAAUAUGACUUACAACUCGCGUGUGUCCCGUCCUUCUCCCGAUCUUAGGCAGCAAGAUGAGGCGUCGGUCAGUCCGUCCUGCCCGCUUCCGGCUGUUUCCUCCACGGUGACUACGAAAAUGUCCCAGUCGCCGGCAACCAAGACGCUCGCCAACGUGCCGCUUCACCGGAGAUCGAGCGACUCCGAUCUGAGCGUUACCCCUAAAGGUAACUCUCUCGGUAGCAGUGAUAGAUCGAUAGCGGGACCCUUGAGGACACCGACUGCGGUGGUCAGACCUAUGAACCAGGACACGCUGGAAAUGCUAGAGUAUCCAUUCAUCACUAUGCAACAUUAUCCACCUGGCUUUAUAUUACAUAUAGGUGGUCUGGUGAGCUCGAAGUCGGUCAAGUUGCUCGAAAGGAUAAGUAAUCUCGAGGAGCCGGAGGGUCGUGACUCGUGGUGGACCGAAAUUAGGAUGGAAGUUAGAUCUCACGCGAGAGCGUUAGCCUGUAACGUCGUUAUAGGAUACAAAGAAGAGACUAGUAUAUGCGACGAUGUUUGCGUGCUGAGUGCUUCCGGUACCGCGGCAGUCAUAAAUUUUCAUAAUUCCGGCCAAGAUCCGGACGGUGUCGUUCUGAAUAAACUUCAGCAGAGCGUGCCCGCGGCUGCCGUGGAUUCGGAAAAGGGCCAGCAGAAGUCCGUGGCGAUGAAGGCGGCGGAGAGGAUUGACAGCGACGCGUCCAUCGCGACUCACUCGGAACGACAGAACGGGAAGGUGUGCAAGCACUCUUCCGAGAGCAACGAUCACGAGGGCCUCUGCGGCCAGUCGUCUCAGUUGCGAUGCAACCUGUGCCAUCUCCCUUACAGCGAGACUAGUGUGCCAUUUAGAGUCAACGUGUCCAAGUGUGCCAUAUGCAAGCGUGCCAAAGUCCCAGACGUGAUGUUCACCACUAUAGAAGUGCCCGCGAAUAUACCGACGACCGGGAGGGGUUGCUUCAUCCAAGCGACCGUGUGCAAGAGCAAGAAGGACCUGCGGGGCGAGCUGAACGCGAAGGAGAUAUCCGAUUGCCUGCCGUUCUUGGAAUACGAACUGCACAGCUUAUUGUUGAAUAAGCUCAAGAUCAAGGGCAUGAACGCGGUGUUCGGCCUCAGGUUGCAGGUUUCCGUAGGGGAACGAUUCAUAAUCGGCAUGGCGGUAGGCACCGCGGUUUACCUGACGGCUCUACCGCCGCCCACCAUCCCGCAAAUAGCGUCCGGCAAUUCGUGGCACAACGAGGAGCAAUUGGGGGAAAUGCAAAAGUCUAUCGUGGAAACAGUGAAGAGGAAUAGAGAGUUUUACCGUCUGAAACCUAUCGGAGUCAACGAAGUCGAAAACGGACGCAUUCCGAGUACUUCCGAUACAGACGAGUCAGACGAGGAUCUGCCGGAACUCGAUCUUGGAUUGGGUACUCGCGACGCGUGUGUCUUGGAAGUGGACGACAUCGAGGAUAUGGACCGGAUAUCGUCGUUAAUGGACAACAGACCACCCGACGAUUUCCACGUUGUUAAUACGCAGACGAUACCCGGCCUCGAAGAUUUAGAGAUCGUCAGAAAUUUACAAAUGUUCACACAAAUCUCAAGGGCCAAAAUUCCUAUGGUACAAUUCGCAUCGAUGCCAUCAAAAUAUUUCGCCAGAUUACUUCAGUCCCUGUAUUUCAAAUUAAGAAGAAUGGUUCCCUGCGCACUGUGCGAUAUGCAGUUCAAAGUAGGAUUACCCGAACAAGAUGAGAUACAAUUGACUGUCGUUGGUAUGGCGCUUGGCUUAGGAGAGCCCUUGAAUGCGAAUAAAUAUAAGAGGAAAAUUGUGUGUCGUUCUUUAAGCAAGGAUCAAGUGAGAAAAUCAGACGAUAGUGACAUGAUAUUCAGCCUAGAUGAGGAUCAUAUUGAAAACAGUGUUCCAUCCGACAAUGCAACACGAACUUGUGUAGGAAAUCCCGCGACUUUAAGUAGUACCCCUGUACAAAAGCCAAGACCACGCUCACCUUUACGUCUAAAGUCAUUCACUACUCAUAGACGUAAACAUGUGCCUUUGAAAGGAAGAUAUGGCGUAGAUAUAACGCCUUUAUCUUAUCUACCGGGUGGAAGAAUAGAGAGGUAUCAAGGCAACCUUAAUUUCUUUUUCAUUCGAGAAAGUACAUCGAUACGAGAGAAUGGUGGAUUGAGUGGUUUCACUCACAGUUUCGUAAUGGAAGUUCUGGCAAUUGUUCGCGCGCACAUUACGGCGUUAGGCGGUAACGCUAUGGUGGCGUUCUUUAUGACGCAGUGUGUGCUUCUUCACAGCCCUCAUAAAAAUCAAGGUCAAUGCCUCAUUAAUGUGGGUGGCGAUGUUGUAACAGUAUCUUAUUACGCGGAUGAGAAGCACAGUGCUGUUUCAAAUUGCUGACCCCAACCUCCACAUUCGGCGCCGCCAUGAACAACUAUUUAACAAUAGCAAUUAAUGAUUAAAUAUAUGUUGGUAUGAAAUUUGCUCUUAUAGAUAAAACUGUGAAUCAUGAUUUUGUGAGACUUUACAGGCACUGUGCCUAAGCUCAAGAUGUUUCGUCGUAGCAAUUGUUAUAUUGUAAUUUAAUAAUUUAUUUUACAAAGAUACAGAUUCGAAACUUAAUUUAAACCGUUACUUUCUUUAUGAAUUAAGACAAUAGAAUGUAAUGAAGUGUGACAAAGAUAUAUCAGCCUAUUGUUAUAGAUUAAAAAAAUACCUUGUAUAUUUAAAAACUACUGUGUGACUACAAUUUAGAUGAUUUAAUAUUUAUUAAUUUUAGUGACUAAAUGCACAUAUGUGUAUAUACAUACAUACAUAUAUCUCAUAAAGAGAUAUAUGUUUCACAAAGAAAUAUCUUGUAUCAAAUAGCCCUGCUGUUGUACAAUGUAUGUUACUAUCAAUUUCUUAUAAUUUAAUACUCAAUUAUACCAAAGUACUCUGUUAUUGAUAGUACAAUCGAAAAAACAAGGUUUCUACACGUAAAAAGUUAAAUUAAACUAAUGAUUUUAUCUAUGUAGAAUCUAUAGGAAUAUAAAACUUCAUUUUUCUUUGCCGCUUGCACUAUAAAUAAGAGAUUACUUAAAUCGAAUAUUGAUAAAAUAUUAAUCUGUAGAAUACUCAUUUUUUUCUUUCGAGAGCUUUAAAAAAUUGAAGAAAAUAUAAAAUUAAAUAUAAAGAAUGAUACAAUUAUGUUAAAUGCUGCAGGAUAUUAAACGAAGUAAUUUUUCAGAAAUCAAUAUAGUUUUUGUAACUAGGUGCCUUUAAAAUUGUGCGACAAGUGUAUAAAAUAUACACUGCAUGGCACAAAGAAUAACUGAUAGACUUAACGUAACCGCGGGUUUCAAGUUUCGAUUGAAAAUCGAUCAAAUUAAUAAGAAGUCAAAAUUGUCUUAAAGAUAUAAAUAUAAAACGGUUUUUAGAUCAUCCUCAGAUAAUUUGUUUUUGUUUGUGCUAAUACUUAAAGCAAGUAUUAAUAUAAAAGGUGAAUACUUUAUAAGACAUUAUUUAAAGACUUAUAUUUUUCAGUUUGCUAGUACGAAUGAUAUAAUGAAAUAAUAACACUUAUUUGGCGUUUCCAAUUUUUCCAAUUAUUGGUCACAUAUAAUUCUGAAAAAAAAACACGUUAUUAACACGUAUUAAUAAGAACACGUGCUAAUAAGUAUUUUUUCAAUGUUAUUUAUAGAAAAAUAGGGAACACCAAUAAUGGAGAAAUUGCUUGAAUGUGUAUAUUCAAAGUUAAGUCAUAGAAUGAAUGUUAUUUAUUGCAUUUGUACUCGAAUAAAUCAUGCAUUCGUCACGAGAGUCACAAUACAAUCAAUCAUAUCGAAUUGUGGUCAAAUGUUAUUACAAUUUACGAUUUAAGUAUCAAGAUAAAGAUUUCUAUAUAUCUAAUAUUGUCUGAACACAUAAUUUGUAAAUGUUGUAUCUUAUGUUAACCUCAUUUUAACCUAAUCUAAAGAAAAGUCUACGACUUAAAUGUGAAACGAAAUGUCCAUUCGGAUGAUGAAACUCUAGUCAAAAUGUCAUCAUAUAUUUUUGUUGUCAUUAUAUUAAAUUAUAUUUAAAAAUA